CUGGAUUCAGUUCAUCUGAUCACCGUGUGCCCACUGGAGCGUCCACCGAAACGGCACCUGUUUCGAACAGCUUGAAAUGACCAUUUACACAGCUUUGUGUGGGGCAGUUCUGCUCUCUGCUGUUGUUUCUGUCCAGAGCGCUGACAAACACUCCCUGUUCUACAUAUACACCGCUUUAUCCAAACCCAUGGAUCUGCCAGGCAUCUAUGAGUUCACUGCGAUGGGUCUACUGGAUGACAGACAGAUUGACUACUACAAUAGUGAGCAACAGAAAAAGAUUCCUAAACAGCACUGGAUGGAAGAGAAAAUGCAGCAGGAUUACUGGGAAAAAGGCACUCAGUCCCGAAAGAGCAAAGAGCAGUGGUUUAGUGUCAAUGUCAACAUUCUGAUAGACCGAAUGAGACAAAAUAAGACAGAUCUCCAUGUUCUUCAGUGGAGACAUGGUUGUGAAGUUGAGAAUCAAGGAAAUGACACGAAGUUUUCCAAAGGCAUCGAUGAGUACAGCUAUGAUGGAGUGAACUUCCUGUCUUUUGAUGAUAAACAAUCUCAGUGGGUCGCUCCAGUUUUUGAAGCUCUCCAAACCAAGAGAAAAUGGGAUGACGUACCCAUCCUAAACCAGUACACCAAGGGUUAUCUGGAGAAAGAGUGUGUGGACUGGCUCAACCAGUUCAGAGAACAUGGAGACCAGGAGCUCAAAAAGAGCUCACCACCAGAGGUUUAUGCGUUUGCAAGGAAGUCUGUCAGUGACAAAAGCAAACUGAAACUCACCUGUCUGGCCACUGGCUUCUACCCCAAGGAUGUGACAUUGAAAAUAAGGAAAUAUCGAACAUCUCUGCCUGAAGAUCAGAUUGCUUCAUCAGGAGUCUUACCAAACCAUGAUGGAACAUUUCAGAUAAGGAAGAGUGUGGAAAUACUGGAGGAAGAAAAAGCAGAUUAUGAUUGUUAUGUGGCUCACAGAUCCCUUGAUGAACCCAUUAUCAACAAAUGGGAUGGAAAGUGUGGUGACUGCAAUCCAGUGACGGGCAUGGGUGUUAUCAUUGUAGUGGUGAUUGGAGCUGUGCUCGUAUUGGUUAUGAUCCUUAUAGUUUUCAUCUUAAAGAUGAAGGGCAUUUUUCCCAGAUCAGCUUCUCAUCGGGACAAGAGGACCCCUAUUGGACAAAAUGAAGUAUUGCCUCUGAAUGCAGCAGGCCAUGUGAAUUCUACUGUGAUACCUGUCGACAAUGUAAAUAAGCCUGAGGAGGGAGAGAGACUGCUUAAAGUUGGAUCAAAAGCAGGAAGUCAGGAGAGUGAUUUGUCUGACUCUGGAAAGGAGAGCAACUGCAGUGUAUCCUCGAUGGACAAAAAACCUGAUUUAUCAAAAGCAGGAAGUCAGGAGAGUGAUUUGUCUGACUCUGGAAAGGAGAGCAACUCCAGUGUAUCCUCUAUGGACAACAAAACUGGAACAGCAUAUGCUCUCAACUGAUUGAGAUUCACUAUUGCAGCAAAUCCCUUGAUUUCAGUGGUGCUGGUGUAGUUCAAGGACUUGAAGUUAAAGGGACGCUUCAUCAUGCACCCAAAAGAUUUCAUUAUAUUUUUCACUUUUGUUGCAACGCACACUGAUGUCGGCGUCAUGAAGUUUGGUGGUAUUUGUCAACAAUGCAAGCUCACAAUCAUAAUAUAAUGAGAUAUUUUCUUGAAAAAACUGCAUACUUAUCUUUAAUAGAGACUAUUUUGAUUCUUUGUUACCUCACAUUGUUGUUUUACUCUUUGGGUCUGUGAAAGAUUUCUUGAUCGUAACUGCAUUUACAACAUUAUGAAAUUACUAUGAGAGGUCUUCAUUUUUUUUUUUUUUUUACAUUGCUCUAAAUUUAUGCUAGUCUUUAAGAAAAGCUUAAACUUUUUAAUUAUGAUUAUUUGACUAUUUGUAAAGUUAUUAUUUUCCAUCAGCUAUUUGUCAAUUAUUGUACAGAGGUAUUGUUCCAAAAUAUUGUAAAAAAUCGUUUGUGGACUCCUUUCCAAAAAACAUUUAUUUAGAAGUUAUUGGUUUCUUAAAAUUAAAUUAACAUGUUAGGAUGACAUCAGCAUCGCAUGUAAAUGUCAUUGUUAUGACAGUUAUUGUGAAAGUUUUCUGAUAUUAAUCUGGUUCUGAAAUGCUUUUGAUGUCAAUAAAGUUGAGUGGGAUUUACUUUUUUUAUUAUUAUUUAUUU